AUGACGAACGACACGUCCAUCUCGACGUCGACGACGUCCAAUGGGACCAUUAUCUCCUUCCCCACUGUGACUUCGUCGGUCACGCCCACCCCGACCACCACCUCGUUGACCUCCACACCUCAGGUCGGUACGGAAUGGACCUUCCUGUCUGGAUCUUCUCUCGCCCUCGCCUCGACGUCUUCGUCCACCGACGUCUCAACGACCGCCACCGAUCCUGAUGAGCCCACGACCACUUUCACCUUCGCCUCGUCUGCUGCGGACUCGAAGCCCACCCAAGCCGCUCUUCCUUCCGACCUGGUACAGCAAAUCCUCCCCGCUAAGGGCUACCAGCCAGGCGACCCCAGCUUGGCAGGAUACUCGCUCGUCUCCAUCCUGUUCGACACCGCCCUCGGCUGGCAGUUUGUCGUUGAGAACUCGGAUUCCGCGUCGCAGAUCUUUGCAUGGAUGUCGCCCAUCCUUCAAGCGGCGUUGAGUCUUACCGAUGACCAAGUGAAGACGUACAAGCUCGUUGUGUACGUUCCCGACUCGUACACCGGUCCGUCCGACGUCGCCAAGCUCCAGACGAUGUACAAUGCAUGGAUCCCUGAGGACCAGGUAGACGCGCUCGCGCAGCAGCUCAAGGUCUCCUCGUCUACGUUCUACAAUGGCCUCGGCUCGCCGUACAGUGAUCUCGCAAGCCACGUUAUCCGCAGCUUCCCGGUGACCAGCGUUGGGGGGACUAGCGGUAGUAACAGUGACCCCUCGUCGAACGGCUCCGCCUCGAGCAGCUCGUCCUCGUCCAAGACUCGUGAAGAUGCGAUUAUUGGUGUCGUCACGUCCCUGGGUGCUAUCACGCUCUUGAUCCUUGCCUUCCUCGUCUACCGCGCUAUCAAGCAGCGCCGCGAGCUCGCCCACCGCCGCCUCUCCGACCCCCAUCAGAACGAGUUCAUCGGCGCGCCGCCUGAAGACCACGAGUUCGACCGGGACAGCAUUGGUGGUCAGCGCCGUCGCUCCUUCUACUACGCCGCCGACUCGCUCCGCGGUACCGGCGAGCAGCACCCACCAUCUGCCGAGGACCCGUUCAACCCCGGCAUGCGCGAGCGUCGCCCGGUCAUCGGCACGCCCAUCCUGCGUGACAACACGAUGAACUGGUGA